GAUGGCCACUUGCAUGUUGUGGGUGAAACUGUGAAUGUUUAAAUUAAUUGGAAAAAUCGGGAAAGAAAUGUGAGAUGUCAUCAAUAAGCGAUAUUAGUUUAUUUCUGUGCAAGAAUCAAUCAGAUUUUGUGUAAGCAGUGAUCCCUCAAAGUGCUUGGUAUUGAAUUUACCGACAUCAAAAAAUUACCUUUUUGUGUUUUAUAUAAUUUUCAAAAGUAGCAAAGAUGGCAAUGGAUGAACCAAAUGGAAAUGACCAAAGUAUUAUGAGCGGGAUUGAAAAUACAGGAGGAGUGCUACAUAACAGGAAAAAGUUAAGACAAAGAUUUGAUAUUAUCAAAAAAUUAGGACAAGGAACAUACGGUAAAGUUCAACUAGGAAUAAACAAAGAGACUGGACAAGAAGUGGCCAUAAAGACAAUUAAAAAAUGUAAAAUUGAAAGUUCAGCUGAUUUAAUACGAAUUCGGCGGGAAGUUCAAAUUAUGUCAUCUGUACGCCAUCCUAAUAUAAUCCAUAUUUAUGAAGUUUUUGAGAAUCGUGAAAAAAUGGUGCUUGUGAUGGAAUAUGCAGCUGGAGGAGAAUUAUAUGAUUACUUAAGUUCUCGUAAAGUAUUAGCUGAAGAAGAAGCUAGGCGUAUAUUUCGACAAAUUGCAACAGCAAUAUAUUACUGCCAUAAACACAAAAUUUGCCAUAGAGAUUUAAAGUUAGAGAAUAUAUUAUUAGAUGAAAAUGGAAAUGCAAAAAUUGCUGAUUUUGGAUUAUCAAAUGUGUUUGCAGAGCAAAGAACAUUGUCUACUUAUUGUGGUUCUCCUCUUUAUGCAUCUCCUGAAAUAGUUACAGGAACACCAUAUAAUGGACCAGAGGUUGAUUGUUGGUCCCUUGGUGUUCUACUUUACACUAUGGUAUAUGGGGCUAUGCCAUUUGAUGGAACACACUUUAAAACAUUAGUUAAACAAAUUAGCCUUGGAGAUUAUUUUGAACCAAAAAAGAAAUCACCUGCAUCUUCAUUAAUCAAAGAUAUGUUGACCGUAUCUUCCAAGGAACGUGCUGAUGUUGAGAGAAUUUGUGCUCAUUGGUGGGUUAAUGAGGGUUAUGAACAUUCCUGCUUAGACAUAGCAGAAGAGUUAGCUAGUCAAACACCAGUUCGUCUUGAUCUGUUGUUAUCACUCAAUCCACAGACUGUUGAUUCAGAAAAAUUAGUGGUAACUGAAGACCAGGUUGCUGCUAAAGAAGCAAAUGAGGCUAUGGAAGUCUCUGCUUCGGCUGCCAUGUUAACCAGAUCUCAAUCUGCAGAUUCUGUAUUAGAUUCACAAGUUGCAGCCCCACCAGAUACAGAAGGAGAACAUGGUAUUAAGCCCUCUUUAACUAAAGUCAUAACACCAUCAGUUGAUAUUGUAGAAGAAGCUCGGGCCAAUUCAUCAAAAAGAAAAUUAGAUGUUAUGGAGUCUACUGAUAAAGUAGCAAAACCAUCAAAAGUUAAACCAAAAACAAGUUCAAAUGAGACUGAAUCAAAUGAAACUAUCACAGAGCCAGGAAGUAAGGCAACAAAAGAUGAUAAAGCUCCAGUAGAAAAGAAGAAGAUUGUCAAGAAAAAAGUUCCCCCACAAAAUGAAAAUGAUAAAUUGGCAAGCCCUAAAGAAGUGUCACAAGUCAUGAAUAAUCUUGAUGCUCCAGAGGCAGUUGCUGUUAAUAACACUGAAGCAAUUAAGCAAGAAAAUAAAGAUGAAUCAAUGGCCAAAGUAAAACCAAGAAUCGUCAAAAAGAAGAUAGUACCAAAAGCUGAGGAUUCAGAGUCUGUUGAAAAUGACGCAAAUGUAGACAACACAGCAAACAACGUACAGAAAACUAAAGAACGUCGUAAGUCCAGAAUACUAGAAGCUGCUGAAAAAUUCAAUAACACAAAUAAUAUGAACCAAAGUGGUUCAACCAAAAAGAUAUUUAUACCGGGUGUAAGUGUAGGUGAGCACAAACAGCAGUUUGAGAGAAGGGCUUCUUUGAACUCAGCUACCCCACCGCCAACUUUAGAACGUAAAGGCAGUUUAUUAAUAGAUUGCACGCCACCUUCCACACCUGAAAUCAAUGGAACAUCAAGACCAUUUAAGAAACCACAAUCCGAGUUACAAGCCUGUGUAACUCAGUCCGAGAACGUUUUAGAUAGCAUAGAGAAACUAAUGAACCACUUGAAUGUUGAAAAUCAAGGAAAUGAGGAAAAUGCCAUCAAGAAAGAAGAACCUGCUACUGAAAAAUCAGAACAAAAAUCACCUGAAGAAGAAAAAACAGAUUUGUCAAUCAGUUUAUCUUUGGAAGAUGCAAGGAAAUCAUUAGAACAUUCUAUAAACUUGAUCAAUGAGGAGAAGAAAAGAUCAGAUAAAGAAUUGAAUAAAAAAUUAUUGCCAAGCAAUGAAAAAGCCAGGGAUGGAAUUUCUAAAGAACAACAAAUGAAACAUGCUGUUGAAACGAUAUCUAACGCUAUACCGCGGUUAUGUAUUGGAGGUCGCAAACCGCCCGUUCCUUAUGGAGCAUAUGGUAGAUCUUCCUCGAUGGGACCAUCAAUAGGAACAUUGGAAAAGAUGAAAUUGCAAGGUCCAUUAGACACAUUUAACUAUACCCAAGAACAAACAGUUGGUGUCGACAAAUCGCAGUCGUCUGAUUCGCCUCAGCAAGUGUCCGCGACAUUGCCUCGCCGUAAGGUUUCGACGGCGGAAAUCAAAUUACGUAAACCCGAACCAAAAGCAGACGCUGGUCGUUUGAGUUUUAAAAAUGCUCCGCCUAUGACUUUCCGCACGGAAGUCGAACAUAAAGUAGGUGACUUGCGUAGCGCUCCAGUCCGUCCGGCGACCGAAGGAAAUCGUAUGUGGGGAAGUGUUUCACAAAUGCGUUCUGCAUCGCUCGAACCAGAGAAACGCGACAAUGCUAGCAAAGAACGCAUAGUACCAAUACAGGUGCAUCCGGAAGUGCCACGAACUCCUUCUUAUCAACGUACCACAUCCAUGAAGUCAGGAUCUCUAUCGCGUCAAAACACAGCUGACUCAGACGGUGGUGAAUCUAUUGCUUCGAAUACAACCACCAGCACGAUGCCAGCAGGCGCUGAGCCCAUACGCAAGAGCCCUCGUGAAGUUAUUAUUCCGAUUGCCGUCGAAGGUGGUGGUUAUGUAACUCCACGGGCUACCAGCGUCGAGCCAUCAGAAAGCUCUACACGUACCUUGGGUUCAAGAAACAGGACAGGUGCGCGCAGGUUGAAUUCGCUACUUAGUGAUUCAGGUGAUGAAGCGGGAACGUUUGGAAGACUGCACAGACAUAGUUCUAUUGGGCGAGAUAGCGAUGGUGAGGAUGGUAGAUUCCAUCUGCACAGACUGAGGAGUUCAAGACCAAGUCGAGGUCUCUUAGAGCCUAGUGAUUCUGUAAGCUCAGGAGAGGAUGAUGACGAUGACGGAUUCGAACUUUUGACUGCUGAAAAUUUAUUCUCCACAUUAUUGUCAAGAGUUCGAUCACUAACCCAACGCUUGAAUGUGGAUGAAGAUGGAAGGCCUACCUUCCCUAGAUCUUCACUUUUAAAUAGCCCAUUUGGAUCACACAAACCAUUUUGGGAACGUGAUCCACUUGCUAGGCGAUUGAACAGCGGUUUUGGUGCUCCUUCUUGGCGUCGUAGUACUUCACGAGACACCGAAGGAAGUUUUGGAUCACCUGAUUGGAGCUCUAAUAAUACAUUGCCUCGAGGUCGCAAAUCCAGAACAGUAUCUAAUCAAGACUCUUCCAAAAUACCCAUAGUUAACAAUAACAAUUACUCUAUAAACGAUCCAUCAAAUCUGGAAUUGGAUUUAGCUGAUUUAGAUUUAAGUCGAUUAAAGUUAUCGCAAAGUGAAUUGGACGCCUUAACAAGCUUAACACCAAAUUUAUCUCAGCGACAACAAAAUCAAUUACUAUCGCAACUUCCUCCGACUCAAGCAAGAAAAUUAAGUAGACACUUAAGUCUAAGAUUACCAAAAACUAGCCAACAAUCCGAUAAAGAAGAUAACUUAACUGUGAAUAACGAUCAAACUCUUCCCAAUCCAGUAGAAUUACGUACUACGCCAAAAUCUUAUUCUUUGCGAAAUAGUUUUAGACAUUCUGCGGAACCACAGAAUGACACCAAUUAUAAUAAAAAGAAUGAUAUCUCCGCUUAUGGUUUAAUUAACAAUUCUGUAGAUCGACAAUUUGAUAAAUACCUUCCAUUGCAGAAAGCAAGCAGUCUGGUAGAUUCUAAUACUGAUAGAGUUAAAACGCGGAAACCAACCCCACAGCGCCGUAUUUCACGUUUUCUACGUCCUGAUUUCUUUGAUACACCAAGAGAUGAAAGUUCUUACGCCAAAGAAAAACGAGAACGAGAAUUGGAAACGCAACAAGUACUUAGGGAGAUUCGCGUGAAGAGAGAUAGGAGCGUGGAUAGGUGUCACGCCAGCGUUUCUACUGACAGUAGUCUUAGUAGAGAUAUUAAUACAUUGAAAUAUAUACCAAAAUCUUUGCCAUCUGAAUCUACAUUGCAUUCAGAAAAAGAAUCUACUUGUUCCGAGAAAACUGUUGCGAAUAAUGAAAAGACGCGCAGAUCUAGUACAGAAUUAUCAAAGAUUGCACGACCAAAAAGUCUAAUUAUGAACAAAGAAGAUAAUACAUCUAAUGCAAAUGAAGAAAUAAGUAAAGGUACUAAAACUAAUUCAAUUUCCAAGUUACCAACCAAACAAAGCAAAAAGGAGUCGAAGCUGCUUCGACCUAAAAGUUAUCCAAAUUCUUCUUUUUCUACCAAGAAUGGAUUAUCAUUAUCUUUAAAGAAAGAAGAUGAAAAUAACAUAGAAACGAAAGUUGAAGACGAACAGAAUAUAGUAAAUGAUAAAAAAAAAUAAA